UCUGCCCUCUUAUUUACACUGCUUCUGAAUCCUUAGAAUCAUGGCUCAACCUGAAGAAAUUGGAAUCAAAGUUUACACCUCUCCGAAGUAUGAACCCUCUUCUUCAACACAGCAGCCUGCUCUGCCAGAGACAGGGAGUCUGAGUGGGGGGCGAAAACGACGAGCAGUUGCCAAUGGUGUUCAGAAAACAAUCUCGAAAACCUCGAUGCUCGUUAAUUUUCUCCCAACAGGGACCCUUCUCACGUUUGAGAUGGCGCUCCCGUCGAUCUAUGGCAAAGGGCAUUGCAGUUCUGUCAGCAUUGUGAUGAUGAAUGUUCUCAUGGGGAUUUGCACUCUUUCGUGUUUCUUCUUUCACUUUACGGAUAGUUUCCGUGGUCCGGAUGGGAAGGUUUACUACGGCUUUGUGACACCAAGUGGUCUCUCGUUGUUUAAUCCUGCUGGUGUUGCAGUUCCACAGGAUGAUAGGUAUAAAGUUGGAUUCAAUGACUUCGUCCAUGCGGUUAUGUCUGUGAUGGUUUUUGUGGCCAUCGCGUUCUCAGACCAUCGUGUCACGGAUUGUUUGUUUCCUGGACACGCCAAGGAAAUGGAUGAAGUGAUGCAGAGCUUUCCUUUGAUGGUGGGAAUUGUUUGCAGUGGUCUGUUUCUUAUUUUCCCGACGACUCGCUCUGGUGUCGGGCUCUUGCCUGCUUGAUGUUAGU